CUUUUUCUUUCUAAUUUUUCUCUCAGCAAAAGAACUCUCUUUGACACUUUCAGCUUGGACCCGUCAUCUGUCAACGCAGAUUGCCCAAAAUACAACAUCCUAGCCAGUCAUGUACAGCUGCCUCUGCGUGACGAUAAAUCCAUCACAACAAUGUUAAUACAGAAACCGAUAUCGAAAGCAGAAGUGAUUGAUUGGGCCGAAUCUCACGCAGAGAAAAGCAAAAAUAUGAACUCGUUGAAUAUCACGCAUUUAUCUGAUACGGCGGGAAAGGAUCCACGAGUCAGCGAGUUCAUAAAAACCUAUCGAAAACGGCCGCCACGUAAUCUGGAUCAAGCUAGUGGUGCUAUGCUAGAUCUUUUGGAUGAGCUUUCUAGUGAUAUGGACGACGAAAACAUCGACAAAGUCGAAUCCUAUAUAUGCUACGAGCUUUAUGACUGUUUGUUUGCCACCCCAGGAGGCGACGAGUCACUACAGGACGAGGCACUUGAGUCUCGCAUUGCUGCAUUAAAUUUAUUGGAUCUCAACCUGGAGCACCUCGGUGUUAUUGUCGAAGAUCAAUCGGAAACGGACGACAUUGAAAUCGUAGUAAAGGAAGCUGGUUUACAACUUCAGCAAUUGAACUCGAUUCCGGAUGCAAAAGGAAAACUGACUGGACUGGUCAGAACACAUCAGAUUAUUGUUGAUGCUAUUGAAAAAUUCGCAGAAAGGUAUCGGAAGGCAAGAUUGGAUGGCGAUCUGGAAGUGGUCCAAGAGAUGAAACAAGCAAUGUCAACUGUCAAUGACGAAGAGGUGCACAAGUCGACCAAACCAGCAUCCAGCGACCCACCUAUCACUGAUAGCACCGACGAAAAAGCAGAACCAUUUGAGCCACUUUCUGGUGCUCUUUCUGCUGACACUACUUCGACGACUUCUAGUGACAAGAAGCUACCAACAGCGCCCGCCCUUGAUACAGCAGCUGCUAACGUUAGUACACCUGCGUCGGAUCACCAAAGCCUUCGGUCAGCUAGCGCAGAUGUGUUAUUGCCACUCCUCAUUUUCACGAUUGUCAAGUCGAAUCCACCCAACUUUCUGUCAAAUCUACGGUUCAUCCAACGUUUCCGACGACCGUCUCGGGUUGCUGGUCAAGAGAGCUACUGUCUCACAAACAUUAUGGCUGCAAUCUCUUUUCUGGAGACUACAAACCUUGUUGGUCUUGGACUAUCUGCCGACAAGGUGCUUAGCAACGUGACCGAUUUCAACGCACCUGUCGUUCCAUCUAAACCAAACUCCUUACCACCGAGUCCACAGCAGCACCAACAAAGAGCAAGCGAGCUUGGAGCACCAGGAGGCCUAAAGAUUAUGUCGGAUGUCAUGGACAGCUCAUAUAGGAUGUUUGAUGGAAUUGGCAGGUUAUGGCAGCGAGAUGGUGCAAAGGGACCUGCACCGCUUUCGAGCUCCACAUCGACCAGUAGUGGCUCUAUGAUGGAUCAAGUGAUCAAUCGUGUACGGGCAACAUCGAUUAAUGAAAGCGAAUUAAAAGACAUGCCGAGUGGCAGUGCACCUAAAGAAGAGCCUAAGGACAGUCGAAUAAGGUCUCGACCGGAUGCAGCAUUUCAUGCACUGUUACAAGCACCCUCACAAUUUAUCCAUUCCGUCAAUAAUCCCAGAACGAAUACGGUGGAUGGGCCUUUGCAAAAGUUUUUGGAUAAGAAGUCGGUGGAUGAACUGAAGAUUGGAGAAGUAGCUGAAUUGCUAGCAGAUUAUAAGCGUCUUGCGGCUAUCAUAAAGCAAGCUAAUUUAUCUUAACAUGAUCUGAAAAUACGAAUUCUUUAUCUCUGCUGCCUUCACAUCAGUGUGUGUGUGUGUGUGU